AUGGCCCUGGCCCGUGACCCCCGGAAGACAUUGCUCUGGGCCUUGAGUGACCUUGAAGAGGACAAUUUCAAGAUAUUAAAGUUCCACUUAGGGAAUAUGGCCCUGCCUGAGGGCCAGCCCCACCUGGUCCGAGGGGAGCUGGAGGGCCUGAGUUGAGUGAACUUGGCCUCUGGACUGAUUUCAUGGUAUGGAGCCCAGGAGGCUGUGAAAAUGGUGCUCAAGGGCUUGAAGGCCAUGAACCUGUUGGAACUCGUGGGCCAGCUCAGCCACAUUUGUCUGAAUGAUUACAGGGAAAUCUACCGAGAGUAUGUGCGCUGCCUAGAGGAGACACAAGAAGGGGUACUCAACGGCAGUUACAACCGGCUGCUCCUGGUGCCCAAACCCCACUCAGGGAGCCUGGAAUCACCUGCCUGCCCCAUUCCCGAGCAGGAGCUGGACUCUGCUGUGGUGGAGGCUCUAUUUGCUUCAGGAGAAAAGCCCUACCCCACCCACUCCUUAGUGGUGCUACAGGGGUCUGCUGGCAUGGGAAAGACAACCCUCACCAGAAAAAUGGUGCUGGACUGGGCUACUGGUACCCUGUAUCCAGGCCAAUUUGAUUACAUCUUUUAUGUGAGCUGUAGAGAAGUGGUCCUGCUGCAGAAGGGCACACGGGAGCAGUUCCUCUUCUGGUGUUGCAGGGACAGUCAAGUCCCUGUCUCAGAGAUUCUGAGGCAGCCAGAGUGGCUCUUGUUCAUCUUGGAUGGCUUUGAUGAGCUGCAGAGGCCCUUUGAAGAAUAGUUGAAGAGGCAGAGGUCUAGUCCCAUGGAGGACGUGCUGUGCCUUCUAAUUAGGAGACAGAAGCUUUCCACCUGCUCCCUUCUCAUCACCACGCAGCCCCUGGCUUCAUGGCAUCUGAAGCCCUUGUUGGGCCAACCACGCCAUGUCCAUAUCCUAUGCUUCUCUGAGGAGAGGAGGAGGUAUUUCAGCUCCUAUUUCAGGGAUGAGGAGCAAGCCAGAAAUGUCUUUGGCUUUGUACAAGGAAAUGAUGUUCUUUACAAAGUGUGUCAGGUUCCAGGCAUUUGCUGGGUCAUCUGCUCCUGGCUGAAGGGGCAGAUGGAGAGAGGCAAGGCAGUCUCCAAAACAACCAGUAACAGCACUGACAUCUUCAUGGCCUAUGUCUCCACCUUCCUGCCGUCUGAUGACAGUGGGGACUGCUCUGAGCUUUCCUGGCACAGGGUCCUGAGGAGUCUGUGCUCCGUGGCAGCAGAGGGGAUCCAGUGCCAAAGCUUCCUAUUUGAAGAAGCUGACCUCAAGAAGAAGCACAAUUUAGAUGGCCCCAGCCUUGGUGCUUUCCUAUGCAGCAGCAAUUACCAAGAGGGACGUGACACCAAGAAGUUCUAUAGCUUCCGCCACAUUAGCUUCCAGGAAUUUUUUCAUGCCAUGUCCUACCUGGUGAAAGAGGACCAGAGCCAGCUGGGGAAGGAGUCCCGUAGAGAAGUGAAAAGGCUGCUGGAGGUGAAGGAGCAGGAAAAGAAUGAGGAGCUGACCCUCAGUAUGCAGUUUUUAUUGGACAUAUUGAAAAAAGAGAGUUUUUCCAACAUGGAGCUAAAGUUUUGUCUCAAAAUUCCUCCCUGGAUGAUGCAGGAUCUGCAGCAUUUUAAAGAACAAAUGGAAUCUAUAAAGCAUAACAGGACCUGGGAUUUGGAAUUCUCUCUGUAUGACCUUAGUAAAAAGAAUCUCGCAAAAUGUGUUCAGAUAAGUGAUGUAUCAUUCAAGAUGAAACACUCAAACGAAAGGCAAUCCCAUAUCGGGAAGUCAUUUUCUAUUAAGACCAGCUUAAGUAGCGGACAGAAAGAGAAGCAAAAAUGUCCUCUUGAGGGCAAAGGCGAUAUGGCAGUGAUGCAAAAGGCAGAUGGACAAAGGAACCAGACAAAGAAGUUAGGAGCAGUGGGAUGGGAAAAAGAGAAAUGAACAGUAAAGCUAAAGGAUCAGGAGGAUGGUGGGGUAGAGGGACAGGAGGAUUUGGGAAAGACAGAGAGUAAAAAUGGAUGGAAGACGGGAAUGAUCAGACCAAUGAGCACUAGGAGUGAAGGACAGAAGAACAAAUAGGGAAGA